AUGUCUACUGAACUUUCAAAAUGGAAGCAGAAACGAGGUGCUGUCAAAGCAUCAACGACUAGAUUGUUCGGCGAAAUCGAAAAUGAAAUUGCGAACAUUGAAACUUUAGAUGAAUUAUUGGCUAAACUUAUUGAAAAGGAAUCUUUAUUGAAGGAACUGGAUUUGAAAAUUGAAGAUUUGAUUGAUGCUGACGAAAUUAAAAAGGAAUACGAACAAUCGGAAGAAUAUUCUGAUAAGAUGUUUCAAAAACGAAAAUUUCAAGAUCUUUAUCUUCGUCGAAUGAUAAGCUGGAUAUGGAAAACUACAAUUUUAAUGAAAAGUGGUAAAUGCUUCAGUUUCUUUCAAAAAGGACAUUUAUCUAUAUCUUCGGAUUGCAUGAAAAGAAAUCUUGCUUGUUUUCACUGCAAACAGAAGCAUCAUUAUUCUGUUUGUAUGAAACAGCCUGAAAACGAAAGUCCCGUUUCGAAUAAUGAUAAAGAAAUGCUCGUAAAUAAAAAUAAUGGAUCUCAUGUUGUGCAAAACUCUGUGACACAGAAUUCAAAUGUAAUUUUACAAACUGUUACCACUGUUGCUGUGAACAAGACUGAAUGUUUAGUUAGAUAUUUGCUUAACGGAGGUAGUCAAACGUCUUUUAUAAAUAAAAAGUUAUCGAAAAAGUUAAAUUUGCCUGUUACAGGAGAAAUUGAUUUUAAUAUUCAUACAUUUGGAUCUAGUAAGAGUGUAAAUAAUCGUAGAAGGAAAGUGAAAUUGAAACUUGUUGAUCUAAUCAAUUCUGAUCAGUUUGUUAUUGUUGAAGCUAUUGAGUAUCCCGUGAUUACUGCUGCUGAAAUUAAAAUGUCUGGAGAUGACUUAACUAAAACUUCGCAUUCUUUGGGAAUUGAACUUUCAGAUGAUGUGCCAACUGAUCAGCAAAUGUAUAAAUAUUAUGAACUGGAUUUGAAAAUUGAAGAUUUGAUUGAUGCUAACGAAAUUAAAAAGGAAUACGAACAAUCGGUAGAAUAUUCUGAUAAGAUGUUUCAAAAACGAAAAUUUCAAGAUCUUUAUCUUCGUCGAAUGAUAAGUUGGAUAUGGAAAACCCCUGUUACAGGAGAAUUUGAUCUUAAUAUUCAUACUUUUGGAUCUAGUAAGAGUGUAAAUAGUCGUAGAAAGAAACUGAAAUUGAAAUUUGUUGAUCAAAUUAAUCCUGAUAAGUUUGUUAUUGUUGAAGCUAUUGAAUAUCCCGUGAUUACUGCUGCUGAAAUUAAAAUGUCUGGAGAUUACUUAACUAAAACUUCGCAUUCUUUGGAAAUUGAACUUUCAGAUGAUGUGCCAACUGAUCAGCAAAUGUAUAACGCAAAUGAAAUUUCACUGCUAUUAGGAAAUGAUGUUUACUGGAAAAUUGUUACUGGAAAAAACGAACGAAUAAAUGAAGCAUUAGUUGCUGUAGAGACUAGAUUAGAAUGGUGUAUUCAAGGUUCCGUUAGGAGUUCUGAUUUACGAUCAAUGACUGUUCGUUCAAAUUUAUGUUUAGAUGAAGAGCUAUCUAAUAAUAUUAAAUCUUUCUGGGAAAUAGAAUCGUUAGGAAUAGCACCUAUCUUGGGUGAAAAAGAAGAUAUAAAAGCACUUUCUUUAUUUAAACAAUCUAUUCGCAUAAGAGAUGGUCGUUAUGAAGUAAACCUUCCAUGGGAGAAUGUUAUAGUUGAUUUACAUGAUAAUUUUCAUAAUGCUGAAAAAUGA